AUGAGCCAGGAUACUUCCCUUCUCUCACCGUCGCCUUCCUCGUCCAUCGUACGGCCGGCCGUCGAGUUGACCCCAGUCAUCGAGGAGCUGAAGAGUAUCGCGAGCGGACAUGCGAUAGACUCGCAGCUAGCACUCUCGGCAACCGAAUGUCUACUCCGCCUCCGUCACACUUUUAUCGACACCGAGCAUCCUCGAGAAGCUAAGGAGGAUUUUCGACACCUACAAGGCUUUCAGGUUCUGAUUGAUCUUCUUCGGAAGCUUGCCGAGUUAUAUGAUCCAGAGCAGUCGUCACAGGAACAGAGGAAAUGUCUACUGACACUCUUCAAGGAUAUAUUGGCGGUACUGGCGGAAGCUUUGAAGGAUCACUAUGGAAACAAGCGGCAUUUUGCGGCUCAAAUCCCUGGGGGAGGAAGAGCAGCCUUGGAGGAAAUAUUUGCUGGUCUGGCCAAAAAGGCUGAUGGCGUACGGGGUGAUACAGAACAACUCUAUAGUGGUAUUCUGGCAGCGGCCCUUUGCCAGGAGACGGUCUCUAGCAUCUUCGCAACAUUAGAGACAAAAUUGCGAUCGGCCCCUGAAUUACUGCCUGGUCAAAUUCGAACAGAAGUGGACCGGUGCGUAGGACAAUCCGAAACUGUUGAAGUACCUGAACUGCUGGAACCUUUCAUCCGUGUAUGGUUGCGUCAGACUUCAACAUCGCCGUCCGAUCACAACAUUCAGAGGAUCGCCGUGCCCGCAUGUCUCUGCCAGCUUGCCUCACAGUCUCAGCGCAAUAUCACCACAUUGCACAAUGCCGGAGCCCUGUCUUUGAUCCUUCCGCUCCUGUUCAGUGACGAGCGCUCAGAGCCCGAGAGGCUCUUAUACCAGGAAUUAGGACAAUUGCUAUGCACUCAAGGAGUCAGCAAUCUGGACGAUGCGGCGUUCCUCUACAAAAGGGCAUACGACUGUCCCAAAGUCUUACAGUUCCUGGUAGAUGUCCUCAAGCGCUCGAAAGGACCUCCUUUCAUACAGUUUGAUCUGUCCUUGCAUGGCUUCUGCUCUAUAGAAUUUUCCACCAUGGGUCGUUCCUUCCCUCCGGCAACUUCGUCUGGAUACACUUUGUCGGUGUGGGCGCGUUUCGAUCAGUUUGAUUCGAACACACACACGACGAUAUUCGGGGCAUUUGACCCUACCCAAACCUGCUUUCUACUGGCCUAUCUUGAGAAGGAUACGCGCAACUUCAUCCUACAGACAUCGAUUAGGGGGGCAAGGCCUAGUGUUAGGUUCAAGUCCAUUGCUUUCGAGCCUAAACGAUGGUACCAUAUCUGUGUGGUUCACAAGAAACCUAGACCGCCAUCUUACUCACGCGCCUCCUUAUUUAUUGAUGGAGAGUUUGUGGAACAGUUGAAAAUAGAGUACCCAUGUAUGCCUACCGCGAGCUUCCCGAACCGGUCACCACGGGUUCAAGCAUUCCUGGGCACACCCCAGGACCUAGCAAUGAGGCUGGGGCGAGGGGUGUCCACCUCUCGGUGGUCUCUGGCCAGUGCUAUACUUUUUGACGAGGCCUACAGUGAUGACAUGAUUGCUGUCUUCUACAAUCUCGGCCCUCGUUAUUAUGGCAACUUUCAGGACUGUUUAGGCUCAUUCCAGACCUACAAAGCUUCGGCUGCUCUGAACUUACGUAACGAGCACCUGCACCCUGGUAAGGAAGAGCAGUCAGAUAUUGUUACUGUUAUUCGGAAGAAAGCUAGCAACCUCGUUCGUGAGGGGUCCAUCAUCAUCAAUGUCUCUCCGCUUUCGAUCCUGGAUGAUGAUGACACCAACACCGUGGAUGAAACUCGGUUGAUCAAGUCAUUGUCCAAACAAGCUGCAAAGAAUCUGCAUCAGAUGACAAAAGCAGGGGGAAAUGCGGUCGCAGUAAAUGGUGCUACUCCUGCCAUAAACGAUGCCCUGACUCAACCUCACGGCGUCGGCGUUUUGACGGGUGAUCCCGUUGUCGCGGUCCCGCACUCUCUGGACGAUGCGAGUUGGUGUAUUGGCGGCUGCGCGGCGAUACAUCUGAGUCUUCUCCACGCAGCUGAUACUGCGGAAGCGACUCUUUUGGCCGUUGAAGCGCUGUACGAGGCCGUUCAGGACAACUGGCGUAACAGUGAAGCCAUGGAAAAAGAGAAUGGGUAUGGAAUCCUCGCAGCGCUGCUGCGUGAAAAACUCGGUGUCUCUUCCGUAGGCUCCUCAUCAAAGUCAUCGAGUGUCUGCUACAGCCAGGAGGACCGAUCUGCACUAGCUUUAGAACUUCUUCGUCUGACAUUGAAGUUUGUUGGUUAUGACUUUGAGCAAACUAAUCGUUCCAUGAUCACGAAUCCUCUCGCAUACAGAGUCCUGCUUGUUGACUUGGAAGUAUGGAGAUUUGGCGAUAUUCAUCUGCUUGAAAUCUACUAUACGCAGUUCCGUGUUUUCGCCAGCGAAAGCCAGUUUCGCCGGUUCAACGCAAAAAGACUUGCUAGAAUGCGUGUCAACAAGAAAUUACUCGAAGCGCUCAAGGGGGAGGAUUUCACCCAGGAGGCAUUGAACCUUUUCAUUCCUGCCUUCCAGUCCUUGAUGGAGAGCUGUUUGUCGGCAGACUUGCUUCGCUCGCUCGCUCUCUUCAUCACUUAUGCUAUCCACAAGCCACGAGAACCAAUCAAGCUGCAGAAGAAGAGAAGCAUGCGCUUCAACGCAGGUGCGCGGCAACAGCAGGCUCCUAUUGACAAUGUCACAUAUGUGUCUAGCCCUGCAAUUGCCGCGGAAAUGCUUCGGAUGUACUGCUCUCUGCUCUGCAAUGCAAAUGAUCGUGCCCCUAUCUCGAAAUUCGCCAGAGCCGUCACAAACAAGUGGCUAUUGUAUCUCCUAUGCGAAGACGACCCCGAGAUUGUGAUUUCAGCGCUCAAAAUCCUCGCUCGCCUCCUUGUUACCCAUGGAGGUAGUUACUACAAAAAGUUCACUGACAAGACGGGAGGCUAUGUUCUCAUGCGCCAUUAUCUGAAAAGAUGGUGGCACACCCCCGCUAUCUGGUCACUCUGCUUUGCCAUUUUGCUUGGCCAAGACGUUGGCCGAAUGAUUGAUGAUAGACCGUUUGACAAGCUCGGAUUGAUGGAAACGUUUUCCUCGGACACGCCAUUACAGGUAGCGUUUCCUGAGGCUUUUCCUGUUAUCACCGAGAUGAUGCAGAUCUCCAUGGAGCAAAUAGUGGCUACAGGCAGCGCUAUGGCUCCUAGCGGAAUGGUCAGUGGAAAGUCUGAGAAUGGUUUGACAAACACAUUCAAACCCUCAGUAUUUGGCCAUCAUAGUGCAAACACGAUCCCCGAGAAAAAGCUACUCUUGAACACGGUCACUGAGUUCAUUUCCGAACUGCAGAUGAUAUCACCAAGCUUUCGUGAAUUCACAACACAACCGGAAUAUGUUAGAUGCCUACUUUUGGCGCUAUUUCCCGUCGUAUCCGGUUCACAACCGGAAAGUGCAGACAUCGAAAUGCAUCCUCGUGCAAAUAGCCUUGGCUUUGGCGAUCACAAUCUGGUUAUGCGACCCCGCUCUAGAGGUGUCAGUGAGCUACAGACUACAACAGUUGAGCAGCCAGGGACCCGCGAUGGUCUCGGCAGGUCGCUGGGCCGGACAUCAUCCUUCAUCCUCGUCUCAUCUGAUAAAGGGAAGCAUUUGCCGUCUUCUGCACGUGUAGCGCAUGCCUGCAGUCCGAAGAAAUCUGAACUCGACGGCGCCAUGGAGCAUCUUCUGGUCAUAAAUGUGCUCAGCUUGAUCAUUCCAGUCUUUUCUGAGCAGAUCAUGGAGAAAAAAGACUUCUCUGGCCUUGGAAUUUACUCGAAGUCACCUCCUGGGUCCACGGAGCAUCGGGCGCAUUUUAACUCUUGGGUGAUGAAACAUCUUCUCUCAACGCUUAAGGAGGGCUUCCUCACCAAGCCUGAUUCACUCACUGAGCCCCGCGUACUAACCAACAUCGGCCGGUUCGUGACACAUCUUGGGGAGUCGGUCUUCGAAGGCUGGUUUGUAGAUGGAGUGACCACGACUCUCGAAUUUGCAGGGACGAUCUUAGAGUAUUUGCAGAGGCCCGAUGUCUCCCAAAUGAAGAGUAUCAGACUCUGCAGCCAAGCUGUCACGACGAUCCGAUCGACUGUUUUUCGCCUUGUUAUUCUUGGAUUAUCGGAAGCCGAGGGCGCGCACGCCCUAGAGUUCCUGAACCAUUUGUCAUAUUGGCAGGUCGUGCUCUUGUCUGGAGAUGCUCGGUCAGAGUAUUUGCAGUUGAUAUGCUAUUUGCUCUAUGUCAAACUAGAUGACGAAGACGAAAGAGUGCGGCUGGCUGCAGCUGGACUCUUUAGAAUCAUGCUCGUUCAGAAGCCGACUGACAUGGCGACCAUUCUAAGUCACGCCUCAAUCCACCUCCAGAAGCGGUUGGCUGCGGGCUUCGAGACCGUGGUGGGCAUGGAUGAUUGCGAGUUUCUGCAGUGGUUCAAUGAUCAGAAGGAAGAUCUCCAGUCUCUCUUUUUUGGCGUCAUAUCCAAGCGAUGGGAAGACUUUGUUCAAGAGGAAAAUGCAAAUAUAGAGACUAGUUGGCGAACGCGGACGUCUCGACGCCAGGAGAGAUUGAAGCAGUGGAAACAAGCAGAAGUACUCGGCAACGACGUGACACGCAAACACGAGGCCACUUUCCCUCAUUGGGCUUCAAACAUUUCCCAAUCCGAGUUCCUGAAAUAUCAGAGAGCACUUCAGGACCAGCAGGAUGACAGUGCAUUCAUGUGGGCAGCUUUCUCUAAGCUGACUGUGGAUCUGCGGCGGUACGGCGGUCUUUUAGCGGAGGACCGCGACAGGAGAUGGCGCCUCGACCAGACGGAAGGACGUAGCCGCAUGCGGCUCCGUCUGAUCCCAGAUGAUUCAAGUGAGAGGCAGGAUUAUCAGCCGAAACGAAAAGCAUCCGAGCCGCCAGCAAUCAAGUUGGACACGCAGGUUCAGACAACCCCUGCGGCUGGGACACUUGAUCUGACUCCCAUGGCUCCGACCAAUGAGGCUGCAGAUGGCAAUUCUCAAAGCCUAGGCCCGGAUACUAGAAGCAUGCUAGAAGAAAGCUUUGAAAUGAUUGAUGACCCGAAAGCCGAUCUGGAAGACUACGAAGACAAGAACCGGAAGGUGAUGCGUAGCCUACACCGCGGGGAUCAAGUCGAAGGAGUGUGCAACAUGUCUCGGAUUAUCGGUCUCGAGGCAUUUGAGGGCAUCCUGAUCCAGGGAAAAGAUCACAUCUACAUCCUAGACAACUUUUUUCAGAGAUCAGACGGCGAAAUUGUGAAUGUUUGGCAAGCUCCAACAGAUGAGCGUGACCCUUACGUUCGUAUGAUCGCUGGGCGAGAAUCGAUGGAACGUAAAGCGCAGGAGCAUGAAACGCGAAGCUGGAAAUGGUCUGAUUUGAUCAGUGUCUCCAAAAGAAGAUUUAUCUCCCGUGAUGUAGCCCUGGAGAUAUUUUUCUCGGAUGGCACCAGCUAUCUUUUGACACUCAUCUCGUCGCGAGCUCGGGACAGUCUAUUCAACCAGCUAGCCAACAAGGCCCCCCAAGUCACCGGUAGUGUUGGUCACGCACGCCCGGAGGAUGCUUGGAGAUUCGAAACCCUUAGGAGCCAAGAGGAUGCACCACAGACGCUUGGCUCAAAGUUCGCCAGUGUUUUCGGACAUUCCCCAGUCUAUCCAGCGACGCGAAAAUGGGCCAAGGGUGAAAUCUCCAACUUCCAUUACCUUAUGCUGAUCAACACGCUCGCUGGGAGGACGUUCAACGACCUGACGCAGUAUCCGGUGUUUCCAUGGGUGCUCGCGGAUUACACCAGCGAGGAGCUAGACUUGACCAACCCCCUGACAUUUCGUGACUUGACCAAGCCUAUGGGCUGUCAAACAUCGGAACGUGAAGCGGGCUUUAGGGAGCGGUACAAAGCGUUUGCUGAGAUGGGGGACGACAACUCACCGCCCUUCCACUACGGCACUCACUACUCUUCGGCGAUGAUUGUGAGUUCCUACCUCAUUCGACUGCAGCCAUUCGUCAAGUCAUAUCUACUGCUUCAAGGAGGGACCUUUGAUCAUGCCGACCGUCUGUUCUACUCGGUCGGGAAAACCUGGGAGUCAGCCUCACGCGGUAAUAUGACCGACGUGCGAGAGCUCAUCCCGGAGUUCUUCUACCUCCCGGAAUUCCUGACCAACUCGAACAAGUUCGAUUUUGGAUUUCUCCAGAAUAUGACUACGGCUAUCGACUCAGUCGAAUUGCCCCCGUGGGCAAAGGGUGACCCCAAAAUCUUCAUUGCAAAACAUCGCGAAGCUCUCGAAAGCCCGUACGUCACACAGAACCUACAUCAUUGGGUUGACCUCGUGUUUGGCUGCAAACAGAUGGGAGAAGCUGCCGUUGAGGCAGUGAACGUCUUUCAUCAUCUUUCCUAUGGGGGUGCCAAGGAUCUCGAUGCCAUUGAAGACCCGGUGGAACAACUUGCCACUAUUGGCAUCAUCCAUAAUUUCGGUCAAACACCACAUCAAAUCUUUAACCGGCCGCAUCCACAAAGAGAAGAUCCAGGGCAGAAGAUGCCACGGUUGGACCGCUUAGCUGAGUCGCUCACUCAGCUCCCCCUCGCCCUUCUUGAUAUUGGCGAACAGGUCUCUUCUUUAUCAAUGAAGCAAGACCGCCUUUUGUGUGCAGCUGCUCUACGGUUGAAUAUCCCUCCAAACUACGACAAAUAUAUGGAGUGGGGUUUCUUUGAUGGCAGUGUCAGGUUCUAUUCUGCUGAUCACCGGAAGCUUCUUGGCCACUUUGAGCACAUCCAUGCGGGCCAACUGUCGUGCGCGCUGUUCGCCGACUCCAGGACGCUGGUCACGGCCGGUACCGAUUGCACAGUCUCUAUAUGGACCUUUACCUCCUCAGGGAAGUCCGUAGAUCUACAGCCAUCCGGAUCAUUAUUCGGGCAUCGUUCGCCGGUCACGGUACUUGCGGUGUCCUGGUCGUUCAGUGCGCUGUUAUCUGCCUCAACUGAUGGUCAAAUCAUGCUUUGGGACCUCAACCGACAGUGCUUCGUUCGCGAGCUUCCGGCCAGUGGACCUGUUGACUGCGCUAAGAUCAACGAUGUGACUGGCGAGAUCAUGAUUUGUCGAGGCGACCGCCUCAGCUUGUACAGCCUUAACGGAGCGUUGUUACUUGAGCAGGUGGUGAGUGAUUCUGUGGAUGACCAGGUCAUGACCUGUGUCUUCUACGAGGGCGUCAACAACGAGUGGCAAGAGCGGGAGCUGCUUUUUACGGGGCAUAAACGAGGUGUUGUCAAUAUCUGGAGCAAGAUCGUCCAUCACGGGCGGUUUGAGUUAGAGUUGAUUAGACAGCUGCAUCAUGUGGACAACCUUCGCGACAACGGCGCCAAUAUUUCGGCAGGCAUCAGCUGCAUCCUUGCUUUGCCACAUGUUGUCUACACCGGUGAUGAGGUCGGCAGAGUGUAUGAAUGGACCUGUGUGCAGCGUAGAUGA